GCAAUCUGUCGAUGAUACACUCCUCGCACACGAACGCUCAACACUGACCUAGUUCAAACCCUUGUGCCAGCAUGGACCCCUCCAAAUUCAAGCCCUCAACCGUGCUACUCAACCAUAAUGUCUAUCCUGCAAUAUCCCGCGGAGCGCUCCAGAACGCGAAUGCCAACAAGUUGGCCGUCGUCACCGGCGCCGGCAGAGGAAUAGGUCGAGCCAUCGCUGAAGCUCUGGCAGCGUCCGGGGCAAAUGUGGCAUUACUUGAUCUGAAUCUUCAGAGUUUGGAAGACACGAAAAAUGCCUGUGAGAAUCUUGGUAGUCGAGUGGGAGCCUACGAAUGCAACGUUUGUGACGGGCCUCGCGUGCAAGAGGUCUUUCAAAGCAUACGUAAAGACUUGGGUCCGAUCGAUGUGUUAGUGAACAAUGCUGGGAAGUCUCCCGCCCGACCAUUGUCGAUGGAAACUUUUGACCAAUUCUGGAACACAAUUGAGGUCAACUUUAAAGGCGCAAUGCAGUGCAUCUUCCAGGUACUUCCAGAGAUGCGUGAACGUCGAUCUGGGUCCAUUAUCAGCAUCGCAUCUCGGGCUGCCACGGUUGAUGCGCCGUUUUGUGUCGGCUACGACGCAGGCAAAGCAGCGCUUGUCCGCGCCAUAUCCACCAUACAAACCGAGCUCGAAAUGGACGGACUGGGCGAACAAAUAUCCAUGUAUGCAUUGCAUCCGGGAGGAGUAAUGACAGCUAUGGGUGGUGCUAGAUUUGAUCCCGACGUGUUGGAAAGAUAUCCCUGGCUGGAGGAGACUGCCAAAGACUUUGGCAAGCUGUUCAAAGACGAUCCCACGUUGUGCGGAUCUACUUGUGCUUAUCUCGCGACUGGGAAAGGUCGAAAUCUACGAGGAUGUUAUUUCGACUGCAGGCAAGACAUAGAACGUGUAUGUGGUGUUGGACGGGAAACCCUCGAAGCAUAUGGCCUAUACACAUUGAAAGUCGAAUUCCUUCAAGGUUACGAGAACGAGCCUUAAUGAUGGAGGUCGAUCAAGAAUAGUCAACUACUCCAGGAUAACUGUUUAGACCCAUCGUAGCGGAGAACGCUUUCGGGAUGGCAAGUUCUUUUGAAGAAGUCCCGUCGGACCAAGGCACCGUAUCUCCGGACAGAGAGGAGCAUAGCUUGCAUGAAUAGAAGAAUCUUACCCGGACUAUAUAACCUUUCACAGGCAAGAAGCUGAAAAUGACACUAAUAUACC